CUAAAUUCACACCUCCAGAAGAACAAAACCAGAGAGAAUCCAAUUAUUCCACCACCACCAUGAUUUCUUCAACGCAGCUUUCUCAAUCUGAACAAGAAAAACUCAUCAAAAAUCUCGAAAUCUUCAAGAUUCAAGGAACAGACAAACGCGGCCGCCCUAUUCUGCUCGUCAUCGGAAAACGCUUCCCCGCUGCGCACGUGGGAGUCGACGCGCUGAAGAAGCACCUGAGAGACGAGAUUAUCCCGGGCUUGGGCGGCCGCCCUUUCUCGGUGGUGUACGUGCACACCGCCGUGAGCAGAGGCGAGAACUUCCCCGGAGUGGCGGCGCUCAAGUCUCUUUACGACGCCGUUCCGGCCGCCGUCAGGGAGAACAUGGGCACGUUCUAUUUCCUCCACCCGGGAAUCCAGUCCCGGCUAUUCCUCGCCACCUUCGGCCGCUUCAUCUUCUCCGGCGGCGGCGGAGGGUUGUACUGCAAGGUGAAGUACGUGAACAGGGUGGAGUUUCUGUGGAGCGGAGUGCGGCGGAGUGGGAUUGAGCUGCCGGAGUUUGUGUACGAAAUUGAUGAAGAGAUGGAGGAGAGAGUGGGCCCCACCGUUGAUUAUGGGAUGGAGAGUGAUCAUCCUAGGGUCGUCAAUGGAGAGCCUGUUAUUGAUUAUUCUGCUGUUUCUAGUUACUCCAUGAGGUGUAUUGCUUAGACUAGUAUAUAGAUCAAUAUAAUUAAAUAGAAAAAAUAUAUAUAUAGUUUUCUUUUUUGUUGGUUUUAUGAUAAGAAUUGAAAAUUGGUUAAUUUUUUGUUUUUCUUUUCCUUUUUUUACUUUCUAGAUUAAUAGCCAUAAGAUUCUUGAUCCCCACAUGUGAUUAUAAGAGCAACUCCAAUGGAGAGACAUCAAAAUAGAGCAUCAAACA